AGUGGCUCUCAUUCUUCGCACAGAUGAUUAAAACUUUGAAUCUAUCUAUAGAGUGAUUUAUUGGAGUACAAAAAUGAUUUGAGGCAAAUACAUCAGUUUAACUGAUUUUUAAAUUAAUUCUAUUUAUAAAGUAUGAUUGACAACGACACGACCCAGUUCAAUAUGUAAUAAAUUUCUCAGGAAUGGUAACACGAACUUUCAUUUAGUAAAAUUACGAAAACUGAAAAAGCCUCAGCCAAUCGUUGCAAUCGCCUUCUUUUGAUAAUCGCAUCUGACUAGCUAAAAGCUACUUGCUAUUCGCAUUUUCACCAGUGAAAGGUCAGUAAUUGAACUCAAUGUGUGCCGUUAUUCUACUCUGUCUGAAAUUCUCAUUAGGAAUGUAAAUUGUUCAUAUUUUAUAUCGCAAUCGGACUUUGACAUUUCGUAUGCGAUCGCUUAAUCACCUAUACUCAAAGUCAUCUUUCCUGAAAGGUGUUCUCUGUAAGCGGCUUUGUAUCAUUUAAUUUUAAAGAAACAGCAAGAAUGCCAAGUGAAUUACGUUUCGACGGUCGUGUGGUUAUUGUAACCGGUGCUGGAGCAGGUCUAGGUAAGGCCUAUGCACUUCUAUUUGCAUCAAGAGGUGCUAGUGUUGUUGUCAAUGACUUGGGUGGAGGACGUCAUGGUGAUGGUAGCAGUUCAAAAGUUGCUGAUGCUGUCGUAGAAGAGAUACGUAAGAAUGGAGGCAAGGCUGUAGCAAAUUACGACAAUGUCUUGGAUGGAGAAAAUAUUGUAAAGACUGCCAUUGAUGCGUUUGGACGCAUUGAUAUUCUUGUUAAUAAUGCUGGGAUUCUACGUGACAAAUCCUUUAUCAAGAUGUCUGAAGCUGAAUGGGAUCUCAUUCAAAAUGUUCAUGUCAAGGGGCCUUUUAGAACUACUAAGGCUGCUUGGCCCUAUUUCCGCAAGCAAGGAUAUGGUAGAAUUAUUUUCACAUCAAGUAACAGUGGUCUCUAUGGUAACUUUGGGCAAGCUAAUUAUAGUUCAGCAAAAAUGGCUUUAGUUGGUUUGGCCAAUACUUUGGCUAUCGAAGGAAAGAAAAAUAAUAUUCACACAAAUGUAUUAGUGCCAACUGCGGCUUCACGCCUCACCGAGGACAUUGUGCCCCCAGAUUUCUUCAAAGAACUGAAGCCAGAGCUCAUUGCUCCAGUUAUCGCUUGGUUGUGCCAUGAAGACUGUACUGAAAAUGGUUCAAUAAUUGAAUCAGCUGUGGGUUGGGCUGGAAAAUGUCAUUUAGUUCGUUCAUCGGGUGCCAUUCUGCGUCAAAGUCUGACAGACAACGUGACUCCGGAAAAAGUUCGUGAAAAUUGGUCGUCAGUUACGGACAUGAAAACGGCAAAACAUUACGAAUCUAUCGAAGAAACUACCGGGGAACUCAUGAAUGUACUAGAGAAAUUGAAGUCAGGCGAAGAAAGUCAAGAAUUUGUCCUCCAGCACAAGUAUAAUCAUCGUGACACAAUUUUAUAUGCACUCGGGGUUGGUGCAUCUGUAGAUGAACCGACAGAUAUUCAAUUUCUGUACGAGAACCAUGAGAAUUUCUCAGUAUUACCGACAUUUUACGUAAUUUACGCGCCUAUGGGGCUCAUGUCAUCUCCCAUAUUACAAAAUAUCAUUCCAGGAACACAGUUGGAUCCCACUCGUACUUUACACGGUGAGCAAUAUUUAAAGAUACUUCGUCCAAUUCCUACUGAAGCUGAUGUGGAGACACGUUUCAAGGUACAAUCAGUACUCGACAAAGGAAAGGGUGCCGUUAUCUUAGUUGAACAUGAAACCUUUGAUCUUUCUAAUGGAGAGAAGUUGUCUACAGGUCAAAUUUCAGCAUUUGCUAUAGGCGCUGGAGGUUUUAAUGGGCCACGAAAUUCUGACAGUAUCAUACCAUGUAUAGAACCACCGAAACGUAAGCCAGAUGCCUCGAUUGUUGAACGCACAAUUACUAAUCAGGCUGCUAUUUAUAGACUAAGUGGCGACUAUAAUCCUUUGCACAUGGAUAAAAGUAUUGCUGAAUUGGGCGGCUUUGAAAAACCCAUUUUGCAUGGUUUGUGCUCACUUGGUUUUGCAACGCGACAUGUAUUGCGAGUAUAUGCAGGCAGCAAUCCUGAAUAUUUUCAAUCAAUUAAGGCUCGAUUUACGAAACCUGUAAUUCCUGGGCAGACACUUCGUACAGAUAUGUGGCGCGAGGGAAAUAGAAUUCACUUCCAAACCUCUGUGGUAGAAAACAACACUCCGGUUGUAACGGGGGCAUACAUCGAUCUGAAGGAUGUACAAAUCCAAGUUCCGAAGCUAAAUCCUUGUUCAGCUGGAGAACACCUUGAAAGUGAUGCUGUUUUUAAGACUAUUGCUGAAUAUGUCAAGACUCAUCCAGAUCAGGCAAAGAAAAUCAAUGGUAUCUUUCUCUACAUUGUUACCAGCAAAGGAGAGACGAAGGCUCAGUGGACUUUGGAUUUGAAGAAAUGUGAAGUGUACAAGGGUGAACUAAAAUCUGGUAAAGCAGAUACCACAUUGACAGUAGAAGAUGCUGAUAUGGUUCAAAUCGCCUUGGGCAAACUGAACCCUCAGGUGGCAUUUAUGAAGGGCAAGCUGAAAAUCAAAGGAAACAUAAUGCUUACGCAAAAACUAAAAGCUUUAAUGGAUGCAAACAAAUCGAAAUUGUAAGAUUAUCUUAAUCGUCGUUUAACAUUGCAGUAUGUUAAUUUUCCAAUGUUACUAGACGAGACUGUUAAACUAUCUGAAUGUAUAUUACUUUUUUAAUGGUAGAUAGGACAUAUGGAGAUAUAAUUUUUAUACAGCUUUGCAUUUGCACAUUGGGUUUGGCAUGUUUUUACAAAAAUGUUGAUAAGUCAAACUUAGCUUGUAUAUCCAAAUAUUGUUAUAAUGUUCAACGAAUUUGAGGUGGCAGCAUAACGCGUCUCGUUAUUGUUAUAUCCAUAUAUAAAUAAAAACAUGAUUUCAAUUUUU